GUCAUAAAUUAAUAACAAAUAAAGUUUUUCUCGAGUUUGUGAUACUGCACGUGUUUGGGGUAUUUAUAACAACAACUAGUUGGCGUCUGUAUCAAUAACGGUAUUAAGUUGGCGAACAAUUUGAGAAUUCAGAAUUUCCACAAUUAUUUCCCAUUCCGGACUUUUGUUCACUAUUCGUUUUAUUGCUACUUGGUAAAGUGUUCAGGAGGAGGUGUAUACUGACUCCUAAAAAAUGGAUAAACCAUCAUCUGGAAAUGUUGGUCGCUCCCGUGGACGAGCAAGUUCUAGCCACGGCCAAGGCGAUGCAGCACGCGGAAGACGGCAUCAUACGGCUCAAGGAGGACCGGGAGGGCCUAGUGGACCGGGAGGGCCUAGUGGACCGGGAGGACCCGGAGGAAGUGCCAGCGCGGGAACUGCACCACCAUCUAUGGGCGGCCAACGUCCUAUGGGCAUGGCUCGAGGAAGUUCAAUUAUGAAGGCACCAGCACCUACAUCACAUCCACAACAACGCCCUCCAGCUCCUACAGCCUUAGGUCGUGCUACAACUCACCGCGAUGUUCCAGUAGCAGAGGCAGCAGGCGGUGCUGUUGUUAAAGAAGACAAUCGCGGCGCUGUAAGAGGAAAACGUGUUAUUCCCGAUCUGGUUCAUUCUCGACCUCAAGACCUUGUCACGAAAUGUGGAAAGAUUGGAGCUAAAGUUCCAGUUCAAGCCAAUUACUUUAGAAUCUUAAAAAAACCACAUUGGUCUAUUCACCAGUAUCGUGUCGAUUUCAGACCCGAUGUAGAUCUGAUUCGCCUUCGUCGUGCCUAUCUGGGACAACAUAAAGCAAUUUUAGGUGGGUUCAUAUUCGACGGCACCGUUUUAUUCUCCACCAAUCAUUUCACCGACCAAUCUGAACAAAAGGAAUUAUUAACAAAGAAUCGCGAAGGCGAAACUAUUCAGAUCAUUUUGAAACAUGUUGGCAUUGUCGAUGUCACCGAUGCACAACAGAUCCAAGUACUGAAUUUGAUUCUACGUCGUUCCAUGGAAGGUUUAAAACUUCAAUUGGUUGGUAGGAAUUUUUUCGAUCCUCGUGCAAAAGUCAAUGUAGACAGUUUCCAAAUGGAAAUAUGGCCCGGCUAUCAGACCUCUAUUCGGCAACACGAACAGGAUAUUCUUUUGUGCGCUGAAAUAACUCAUAAAGUGAUGCGCACACAGACUGUUUACAAUAUUUUGACCCAAUGUUUGCGUGACAGUGGCGACUAUCAAGCUGAUUUUAAACGUCAGGUCGUUGGUAGCAUUGUUUUAACCGACUACAAUAACAAAACAUAUCGCGUGGACGAUGUGGACUUUCAAUCGUCGCCAUCUUCAAAGUUCUCAACUAGAGAUGGGGAGAUUUCAUAUGUGCAGUAUUAUAAACAGCGAUACAAUCUUCCAAUACGUGACGAGAGACAACCAUUGCUAAUUUCACGCCCCACUGAAAAAAACAUUCGUGGUGGCCAAGAUGAAUUUAUUAUGUUAGUUCCUGAACUUUGUCGUGCCACUGGCUUAACAGAUGCUAUGCGCAGUAACUUCAAACUAAUGCGUGCCAUGGGUGAACACACUCGCUUAAAUCCUAAUCGGCGAAUUGAACGUUUGCGUGCUUUCAACACUCGCCUUCAAAAUUCCACAGAAAGUAUGGAUGUCCUGGCCCUUUGGAAUAUGCAACUUGAUAGACACCUUGUAGAAAUACCCGGACGUAUAUUACCUAGUGAGAAAAUAGUUUUUGGAAAUCAAGCUACCGUUGUCUGCGAUGCGAAUGCAGAUUGGUCGCGUGAUAUGAGAAAUAAAACCAUGUUUUCACAUGUUGAUAUAAAACGCUGGUAUGUCAUUGUUCCCAAACGCAGUUUGCGUGAAGUUCAAGAAUUUGUCAAAUGUUGCAUACGUGCUGCAGCUUCUAUGAGGAUGCAUAUUUCUGAACCCAGAUAUGAAGAAAUGCCUGACGAUCGAAAUGGCUCUUACGCAACGGCCAUAGACAGGACUACAGCUCAAGAUCCUCAAAUAUUAAUGCUUGUAUUACCAAAUAGCAAUGAAGAGAAAUAUUCAUGCAUAAAAAAGAAGUGCUGUGUGGAUAGGCCUGUGCCUUCGCAGGUCGUUACAUUGCGUGUUAUUGCACCGCGUGGUGAUAAGGCAUCGGGUUUGAUGUCAAUAGCUACAAAAGUUAUAAUCCAAAUGAAUGCUAAACUAAUGGGCGCACCUUGGAUGAUUGAUUUGCCUUUAAGCGGACUAAUGACGGUGGGGUUUGAUGUCUGUCACUCGGCCAAGGAGCGCAAUAAGUCAUACGGUGCCCUUGUGGCAACAAUGGAUAUAAAACAAUCCACAAAAUACUUUUCCGCUGUAACACAACAUUUGAAAGGACAGGAACUCUCGAAUGAAAUAACCAUGAAUAUGACAUGUGCCCUGAAAUCAUAUCGUGCUGUACAUGGUACUUUACCUGCACGUAUACUCUUCUAUCGCGACGGCGUUGGUGAUGGACAAUUGCAUCAAGUGGUCAAAACCGAGGUGCAAUUCCUUAAGAAAAAACUAGAUGAGAUUUAUCGAUCUGCUGGCGUUGAAAACGGUUGCCGUUUGGCCUUUAUUGUUGUAUCGAAGCGAAUCAAUACACGUUAUUUUGUAAACGGCCGAAAUCCAGAUCCCGGUACUGUGGUCGACGAUAUAAUCACACUGCCAGAACGUUAUGAUUUCUUCCUGGUCUCGCAAUCUGUUCGUCAAGGAACUGUUUCACCAACAAGCUACAACGUCAUACACGAUACCAUGGGUAUGUCUGCCGACAGAAUCCAGAUACUGACAUACAAGAUGACCCAUUUAUAUUAUAAUUGGUCAGGAACACUACGCGUUCCUGCCGUUUGUCAGUAUGCUCACAAAUUAGCCUUCCUAGUUGCUGAAAGUAUUCACCGCUGCCCAAGUAAUGUCUUGGAAAACCAAUUAUAUUUCCUUUAAAUAGCAUAGCAUUUUUUUAUACAAACCAAUGAAUUUUAAAAGACAAUAACCCUAAAAAAACGAUGAACGUGUUACCUUAAGGACAAAUUAAAGCUUUAUUUCCUAUUAUUAUUAUUACUUGACACUGAAAUAUGUACAUUUAUUUUUUUAACCGCAUGUAAUAAUUGAAAUAUCCCACAUUAAGCCGAUAUCAGGCAAUAGUUGAUACAUUUAAGUACCAAAAAUUUUUAUUACAUGUAUACUUAAAUAUUUUUUGUUAUAGUUUACAAAAAGUGAAAUA